GUGUAGCCCAUACAAGCAAUCCUGUUAGCCAGCAAUUUGUUGUAGAUGAAAAUGCCUUUCCAGUACUUAUCCAGCUACUAAGAACUCACCCUUCUCCUAACAUCAAGGUUGAAGUGGCAUUUUGCUUGGCUUGCAUUGUCCUACGGAAUGAUGAGUUACAGAGAGACUUACACGAAAAUGAAGGGUUUGAGUAUGCCGAUGUCCUUAAUCUUCUCCACUCUACAGAUAAGGAUAUUUGCUUAAAAGCAGGUUAUGCAUUGACCCUUUUUGCCUUCAAUAAUCGCUUCCAACAAUACUUAAUACUGGAAAGUGGAAAAAUAACCAUAUCCAUUUUUGAACCUUUUCUUGAAUCAACAAUUGAAACUGAGAAGGCAAUGGCAGCAUUUCAGAUUAUCAUAUUAGCUAAAGUCAUUAUAGAUGUGGACCAUAUUACAUUGUCUGCAAGAGGUGUUACUAUUUUAGUUGAUAGUCUGUAUUCAGUUCAGACCUCCACUACUGUCCUGACAGGGAAUUUAAUAGCUAGCCUGGCUCAUUCAAGAGCUGGUAUUCCAGAAGCAUUUGUCACAUUAGGAACAAUCCAGCGACUCUGCUACCAUUUGUACUCAAGAAGUGAAGAGGUUCGCACAGCUUGCUCCUCUGCUCUUGGAUACUUAACUUACAAUGCAAAUGCCUUUCGCAUCCUAUUUAAGGAAUGCAGGAAUAAACCUAAUCAGUUCCUUCGUAUAACAAAUAAUAUCAGCAGAGAUGCAAGUAUUAACCCAGCAUUUUUAAAGCAAUUUCAAAUGCAACAAACAGUGGGACUUCCUUCCUUAAGUUUGGAGAAGAAUGGAGGACCAUCCAUAAUUCCUGUCUUUAAAAAAGGGAAAGAGCACCAAAGAAAAUCAAAACCUAAAAUUGAACCAAGAGAUUCUUUGACUUUUAUACCUCCUGUAACUAACUUCAUGGGACUCUUCAAAGCAACAAAAAAGACCAAGGUUUCCCAAAAUAUUUUUUCUUUUUCAUCUGUAAUUACAUCAGAUAUCAUAAAUGUAUCAAGACCAAGAAUAGUAUGUUUGAGCCAACUUGGGAACCAUGUACAGAAAGCCAACCCAGAGCCUGCAGAAGGCUAAUAAAAGCAUUUUAGUAUGAAA